GGGCAAAUAAAUUGAAUUCAAAGCUGUUUGAUAGACGAAAGGUAGCUGGACGAUACCUUUGGGGCAUAAUUUUACAAAGUAAGACUUUUUUACGCUCGAAAGCCCUUAAGUUUAACGUUGAAAUGACUUAAACUUCGAUAUUUCAGGUAUAUAUUUUGACGAUGGCGUUGUUUCGUUCUAGGUCGUCCACAGACCGAAGCGUCCUUUGUGGGAGUAAGCGAUCAUGUCUUUUGAAGAUGCUGGUGAUCUGGCAUCCUUUGCUGCCAUUGCUGAGUCGGCGACUGCUAAUAGAGAAGGUAAGAUUAAAAGAGUAAAAACCGCGACUGACUUCGAUAAUUGACUAUCGAGCAAGCCAACUCUUGCCUCGCUCGGUGAUCGAGAUGGCGAACAUUUCGUCAUCGUAUUUCGCGUUAAUCAUUCAUAACAACAACCCACUUUUCUCGUGAAGAUCUUGCACAGUUUAGGAAGAUGUCUUGCAAGAAAACUAUACGAAAAGUGUUGUUGUUAUCCGGUACCCAGUCCUUCCUCUAGGAGGCAAGUCUUUCCCAGGUCUUCAAAAGAUUGAAGAGUUAUGGCGGUCGCCCCAGACUUCUUUCUCUACAAUAAAUAUCUUUCCCCAAUCUUUCUCAAUCCUACUAACAAGUGGAGUAUUUCUGUCUGGUAAUGAACAUCAUUCUGUGAUGGAUGAAUUACCCUGACUUUUCACCGACACUGUUGUGUUAUAUUUCAUUAUCGAUGCUGUUGUCGAAGGUCCUUCUUCAACUGUCUUCGUUCUGCAUGAUGCUCUGUGACAUUUCAAGUUGAAAAGGACGGUUUCAGACAUCAAUAUUUGCUCGACAGGAGAGAAAUCAUUCUUACUUUACACUGACUUACAAAUGUGAGAGUUAUGCUUUGAUGUCGAAGCUUUCCAUAGCUUUCUAAAAUGGCAAUUAAAUGCAAGGUUAUACAAGAUGGUGGACGUGUAUUUUGCGCCAUUUUUUGUGAGGAAAUUUGCAUAACGUAGUGAAGGAAUUUGCAUGUACAACUUACCAACUUGAUCAUCGAAGUUUUGCAUUUUUCCAAGAUGAAGUUAUGUUAUAUUUGCGGCCUCCAGAGAUAUCUAAGUUUAAGAGGAUCGAGAAAUGUCUUAUUUCUCUGUAACUUCAAAUAGGCAAAGUGUAUACGAGUCAUAUUGUGCUUAUUAAGUGCUUUGUUUCUGUUUAAAAUACAAUAAAUCUAGUCAAAUUUGACUUCCAUUUGCAUUCAAUGAGUGGCCAUGGAUUUAACUGUUUCUGAGGAAUUUUUUCUUUGGGCAUCUAGUUGUAGUAUUAUCAAAUUCAAAAGGCUUUACUUUUAGAGGAAGGUUUUUUUCAUCCAAGCAAAAUAGAUUUGUUUUCAGAUGAUGAAAUUCAGAGGUCAAGAUCCCUUUUCAAAUGUCUCUAAACCGGUUUACUUUUUCACUAAAGUUCAAUUAGAGCAAUUAGGUUUAUUGGAGCUUAGCUACCAAUGCUGCUGUCUUUGGAAUAAUUCCCCAAGAACCACUAUUUAAUUACUAAUCACUACUUUGGGAAAAUGUAACAUAUAGUUUGAUGCUACUUUAGCUUGCUUGAAAUUCAACAAGAAAGCACAAGAAAGGAAUGAAAAUGUGACUUGUCCUAUAGGUAAUUGCUCAGUCAUUAUACAGAACAAAAUUUGACACAUUUCUAAAUAAUGUUGAUGAUUGAAAUAAAAAUGUCUGGUAUUCACUGGAAUGAUGUACAACUGUUUUACUCAUACAAUCUUUUGACUCUUGAGGUUCUUUCAGUGAUUUAAAAUGUUGGCACUUUCUUUAUUACACAAUUGAAUUGCUGAUUUCCUGAGUUGCAGGAGGGUCCUUGAACCCUACAAUAGGUCUGUGUUUUUUUAUACGUCCCUGAAAUGGACUAGCAUCACAUUCAGAAAAAAUGGCAGUGCUGAUAGAUUCAUCAUGCUCUCAGGAAGACCUGUUCCCCCUUCCCCCCCCUUCCACCCCCCUACCCACCUUUCCAUCUUUGGUUGAAAGGAAGAACAAGAUGAGCUUCAGUACAAAUUAAGGCCAUGUAAUAUCCUCUAUUUAAUUAGCAUGUGUUAUGAAAGUUACCAAAUUUUCAUUGGGAUGCUUGGGGACCUCUUUCUGGCCCUCUGUAAUACAUGACAACUGCCACUGCCAUUGAGCCUUUCUCACCUUAACCCUUUACGCUGUAACAUCAGUAUUCAUAUUCUCCAUACUGUUCUCUGCACAUUAACUAAUGUGCUGACCAGGAGAAUUUGGCUAACAAUCAAGAGGUUCUUCAGUUAAUUAUCAUUUCCUUUAUUCUCAAGACCUUAAUGUUUGAUUUAUGGGUGAUUUUGAAUGGAGAAAUAAGAUGUUAGUCACUUAGGGGCUAAAGGGUUAAAAUUCAUACCUACAGGCCUGAAGUUCUGGUACUCACAGGCUACAAGAAACAUUGGAAUCAAUAUUUUGUUGAUUGUUGUUCAGAAAUGGGGGAAACUUCAGAUGAACUUUGUGGUAAUAAUAAAUGGUUAACAGGGUUGUGUCUUCUCUGUUGUCCUACUAAAUUUGACUGCACACUAAAUAAAAAAUGUAUUUUAACCCAUUUUUUUUCUACUUAGAGGAGACUGCUGAAGCUAAGGAGGAGACACAGGAAAUAAAGGAGGAGGAUGCUGCCAACAAUGAAGGAGGCAAUGCUAGUGAACCAAGUGAAGUAGCUGCUGCUGAGGCCACAGACAGCAACGCUUCUGAAUUGACCAGUGAGCAGCAGCGUACUUAUGCAAAUCUCCAGCCAAUCUUUCUUGCCAUGGAGAUGGGACAGGAGGCAGUUAACCAGGAUCAGGAGCAGGGUCAAGAAAGUGCUACUGUAGAGAUUGGACAGCAGCAAACCACUUACAUUGCUACUACCAGUGAGCAGUUCACUCAGCCUUCCCAAGCUGCUAGUAUGCUGCUCACUAGUGCAGCCACCUCAGGGGCAGAGACUCCAGCCUCUUUGGCCUCAAUUCUACAAGAUGUUGUAUCAGGAAUGCAGAGUGGAGCAGGCUCUGUUCCAGCUGCUAUCAUCACAGAUCCAAACUCUGGAAGUGGAUCCUUCCUAAUUGUCAAUCAAAAUGGUGUACCUAUUGUCCGACCAGUUCUUGUUUCAAAUCUUCCAGCUGGAGGGGUCGGCCAAGGAAGUGCUGUGAGUGUGUCUGCUGAAACUCUGCAGGUGUUGACGGCAGGUCUUCAUACUGUUGAUGAUGGUUCUGGAGGAAGUGGCCAGGAGACAGUGACUGUUGAUGUCAGUGCUGAAGCUGAAGGUACAUUUUAUUUUAUGGCUCUUUUUAAAUGGAGUUUUCUUACAAUUGUACAAAAGUGUUUGGUGUUUCAUUGAGGGGGAAUUGCUCUUCAUAAAUGUAGUUUAAACAUAGCAAAUUGUAAAUAUUUCCAAGCAAAACUCCAAAGAUCUCAGGUUAUUUUAUCAAUCAGAAAUUUACCCUUCUAGCUACUAUACAUUUCGAGGUAGUUCAGGGUUGAAAAUUAAGGUUUUCAGUAUACAAAUUGCUUUGCUAAUACAGUGUCCCUCUUUUCAAGAUAGAAGCAGUAAAAUUUACCACCCAUAGUACCCCUAUUACCACCUAAAAUUGCUUGGAAUUCUUUAAAUUCAACUGGUAAAAGGAUUGUAUUACCAGUUUGAAAAUUUCUUUUACCUGUUGUAUGGUAAUAUAUCCCCAUUCACUCUAACAAAAGGGCUAAUGCUCAAAACAUCAUUAAGCUUUUGAAAUUCUUUACGGUGGCCAAUUUUACGCCAUCAACUCAGUUGAUAAUACUAGAUUAUCCUGAACACUGUAAUAAUUUUCUAAAUUCUCUGUUUAUGUCUGCCUGACAAUGUAUCAAUAUUUUAAGGGGGAAUGAUUCUUGUAGGUUCAAGUGGUGCUGGUGAGUUGUCAGUGGAAGCCACUGUUGAUAUUGGUGCAGAUACUGUUGCAGUGGUAGCUGGAGCUCAGGCUGUGGCACAAGGUGACAAUGGGGCUGAACUGGAAGAAGGUGAAGAAGCUGUUGGAAUACAAAGUAAGGCGUGUUUCACUCUGAAUUACAAUCAGCAAGCAUGAUGUUACAAAUUUAAGGCACUUGUAGGUUGUAUUCCAGGCAGUUAUUUGAGCACAAACAAAGCCUUAAUUGAUGUCAGCCAUAAUAGAUGUGAGACAAAUUCUUGCACGUCAAAAACUGAAAAAUGUAGAAUGUAUGCCACAUGUUAUUCUGUCCUCUCAGCAAGCUGGUUGAUUUAAGUGGUUCAUCAUUUUCAGCUUAGCUCCCUACCUAUAUUACAUUGCAAAACAAUGAUUUUACUCACCAUGCAGUACAUGUAAAAGAAUAUAUUACCAAUUUCUUUAUUGUUAACUGUGCAGAGCCCAUUGCCACUAGGGCACCAACAGGGAAGCGCAAACUAAGUGAUGGUCCAAGGGUCUGUGAACAGUGUAACAAAAGCUUCAAGUAUCCUUCAGAUCUGAAGAAACAUUUGCAGAUUCACACAGGUUAGUACCAUAAAAAGUAGUACUUCUCUCACAUUUUGCAAUGAGAAGUGGACUUGUGUAUUCUGCAUACCCUGACGCAUAAAACAAUCUGUAAACUUCAGUAAGAUUUAGAAAAUUAUAGUCAGAAUGUGCCAUGAAUUUUGCUAUCUUUAGUGUAGCUGUUUGUUGCUACCCAUCUUCACUUAGUAUGUUUGUGUCCAGCCAACAAAGUCUAAAAGGAACAGUCACCCAAGGGGAGUCCCCAAGAAAGUUGGGAUCUUCAUAUCAAUUUUCUUUACUUCUAUAUAUUUCUUAUAAUGUUUGCUUGAGAAUUUGGUGUCCAAUCACACUAUAUUUGUAUCUUUCUCUGGCUGACUAACCGAUUACUCGGGGAGGAGAUGGGAAGUACCAAAGGAAAUUUUGAUCUUUAUAUCCUUACUUUCUGCUAUUAUUAUAAAUUACUCAUGAUUUUUCUUUUGAGAUUUUGGUGUUCAAUCAAUUACACUGUAUCUUGUAGUUAAUAUUUCUCUCUUGUUUCAUCACCUCUCAGCAUGACAAUUUAUUAAUUUUAAGAGUAGUUACUUAUCUGCCUCUUCUUGGAGGGAAAGGGUUGAAUUGUUGUGGAUACUCAUAAACAACAUAUGACAAAGCUAAGAAACAUGUACCAUUAGCAGAAAAAAUUCCCAAUGUUGUUUAUCACUCUGUUCAGAUUUAACCUGCCUUGUCCUGUUUCCUUGUGUGUGUCUUUAGAUAUAAAGAAGUUUAAGUGUGAGGAUUGUGGAAGAUUCUUCCGUCGACUUCAUCAGCUCAAUGUUCACCAGAGGAUUCAUUCUGGGGAAAAGCCAUACGUCUGUAACAGGUUUGUGUGUCUGAGUGUGAUUCCUAUUCUACUUUUAUUCAAAAGUAUACAUACUUACAUACAUACCUAAUUCAAGGUAUCAAAGGUAUCCUAAAAAAAAAAAAGAAAAAGAAAAUAACGCCCUGAAAAAGAAGUUAAAGAAUUGGACCCUAUUUUAAUUAAUUUCCUGAAUUAAAAGUUAUAAGAGGAUGUAUACCCAACUGUACUGAAGUACAUGAAGCAUACAGCUAAUCAGUAAUACUAUUGUUUGUAUCAAUUCCACUGUUUCUUUGUUAAAAUUAUCCUGUUAGUUCUGUGAAAUGGAACAUUGAAACUUAAUGUUUGAUUUUUGAAGGUUAAGAGUUAGCGAAGAUUUCUAUUUAAUUUGUAAUUAUAGGAAGUUUUUUUUUCUGAAUGAGAAGUUCACUCGUGAAUCUGUUAUUAGCUUUCUUCCUUUUUUAACCUUUUAACUCUCAGAUCAAAUUUGUAAUUCUCAUUACUGUCAACCAUACAGUUCUUAUAAUGUUAGUUCAGAGAAUCUAAUAUUGGAUCAACUAAUUAUCCCCAAAGUGAUAUGUUCUUUAUUCUCAUCACUUGUCUUCUUGAUGUUGUAUUGAUGUUGUAAGGAGAAAUUCUCUCUAAGUCACAUGGGAGUUAAAGGGUUAAACUGAACUGACACUGGAUAAAGCUGAAAUGAGCGAAAGAAAAAACUGAAAAAACCUGGUCAAGAGUAGCAAACCGAACCCAAAAAAAAAAGACUCGGAAAGCUUGGAUCGAGGGAACUAUGUUUGAUGAGAGCUUUCAUCUGAACACAAUGAGAAAUCCCGUCGUUCUUGUCCUUUGUAAGAGCGUUGACGAUGAAAAAAAAUCGUUGAACAAUCAAGCGGAUUGUUGUCUGGCGAUUUCUAAAAAUUCUUAUCUGAGGUAUUGAAUGUCUCUACCUUCUACCCGGCGGUUUUUUGGAUGUGUAGCAAAUGCGUUAAACUGUUAAAAUCGGGGAAUGUGUCAUAAUCAAAUUAUCGCACUGUCUGGGCAUUUAACUGCCUUGAAGAAUGCAAGAUCUCAGCUGAUUUAAUUCGUUUGCAAGUUCCAAGUAACCUCUACGUCUCGACAAUUUUUUUAGCUUACACAGCGAUUUCUCAAAAUGUCUUGCAUUCGAGAGUAGGGUCAUUCGUUCCUUUCCCCUUUUCAUUUUUGGCCGGAAACACUUAAAGUAAGUGUGAUUGGCUUUCAGGCAAACACUUCUUAACGGUUUUUCAAGAUUAAAAGGGGGCUAUUCAAAUUUCCUUUCUUUCAGGCUUAAAUGCUCCUCGCCGGAAACACUCAAUUGUGGUCAGCUUACAGACAAAUACUAUAAAACAGUUUCUCGUGAUUUUAAAUUUACAUUUAAGUUUUUACUGUAGCGGGGCGACUCUUCUUUUGACGUCUGGUUUUCAUUUUUUACCAAAUGUAUUCACUAAUUUAUCUUAUCUGUGAUCUUAAAAUACCCUCAUGAAUCGCGUGCCCCUAGAGUUUCGACUCCUAAUGUGGUGCUAAAUCGAAACGUCCGCAAAUAAAUAAUCUUGAUUUACGACCCGGGGGUCCGGAAUGGGUUUGAAGUACAACCUUGCCAAGUGUCAAUCGUCUACGGGAAUAAUCUGGGAUUGAACUUCUUGCGUGAAUGACACGUUUUGUAUCAAACUCCGGAAAUGUGUUGUUUUUUGUGAUAGAACCGCUUCUAGAACAGCUGUUCUAAAACUUAGACAAACAAACGCAUUUCACGUCUUUUGCUUGAGAAUUCUAAAUGAACGCGUUCGUAAUGUUGUGGCUAACUGUAAUUUCGUUUUGCUUACUGCAGUAAAAACAAUGCAUUAGUUUAUGUUCGUAAGUCUUGCCGAAUUGCCUUAAUAUUAAUAAACUUUGGUUCCAUGCGGAGUUUCCGAAUUCGAUAGUAAGUAGAUUUUCACAGAUUAGACAAGAAAAAUGUAAGAAUUGUUUCAUGUUAUUCAGUUGAAGUUCAACACCAGGACUGUAAUUUUCUUAUCUUCACUUAAACUCUGAAUCCGGCUUUCGCUCGGAUUAAAGAAAGGCAAGAAAAUGGUUAUAACUCUUUAAUUGUUCUUUAAACCCUGGGUUGUUCAGAAUACGAUUGAGAUUUUUGAUGUAGUUUGAAAGCUUUCCUGACCGUUUUACCAAUUAUAUUUGAUGCUCUUCAGUUUUACCAUACUUUUGAGGUAAAAUCCCUCAAAAUAUUGAGCCUAUUGUACGCCUUCAUUAGUAGAGAUCAAUACUAAGCUCUAUAUCUAAUCCUUUAUCAACUCGUCUGUCUUUUGAACAACCGGCUCCAGGAGUACCUAAGAACUUCGGGCAAACCAACAGAGUUCCUUGUUGUGAUAUUUUCCUUUGUUCUGACUCGAACCUGUGGGUGUUUUAGCUGUGGCUUUUAAGACGCUCAACCAAUGUGCGUCAUUGGCCCAUCAACUCUCAAAGCUGAUUACCAUAUAACCUCUCCCUAUAAUAUCCAUACAUUAUCCUGCAAACAGGUGACGAGAAUACUCCAAAUAAUCAGGUAGAAGUUGUAAUCUUGAACUAACACCAAAUUAUCGUAACGAAGUGACAAGGAAACGUUUAGCAGCUAGAGGGGUGAAUUAACAAUCAGACCUUGGGAGUUAUAGGGUUAAGGAGAUGAUGCCAUCUGUAAUUAAUUUCUCCUUAACUUCAGGUGUGGCAUGGCCUUCCGUCACGACUCCACUGUCACCAUGCACAUCAGAACUCGCCAUGACCACCUGCGCCCGUUUAAGUGCGAAGUGUGCGGCAACCUGUUCGGACGACUGUCCCAUCUCAAGAAGCACAUCCGCAAAGUUUGCGGCGACAAUAAGAACAAGGAGAAGCCCAUUGCACAGUGUCGCUUUUGUGACGUCACCUUCCCGACUAAGGGAGAUUUACGCAAGCACUUACUGAACUGUGAAAAGAAAGGUGCGCUACUUUUAAAGUAAAAAUAGCUUAGUAUCUUUUCUAGCCAAGUCGUGGGAGACUCCGUCUGGAUUGUCCGAACUCCGGACUCCAGUAGUGACCGGCCCCGCAGGAAACAAGGAAUUUUGUUUCCCAAGGCCCUAAAUAUUCCCCGAGGCGAAGCAUACAAUGAAGUAAGGUUUUGUGGAAUUUCAGGGACAUCUCUUUGAUGUAACGAAAUGAUUGGAAGUACACUGCAAUGGACCAGCGUCCUGUUGGGGGGGGGGUAUAAAAUAUUACCGAAACUUGCAAGAAGAAUCAGUUUUGAUAGAAGAGCGUUUAUUUGUUUGCCAUUUGAAAUAAACUCUACCAAGAAGCACGUAGUGAAGCUGAAUAUCCGGAACAUUGACAUCCUGUAUCCAUAGCUUAUAGAGGCUGGCCGCUUUCAAGAGUGUAUGGUGUUUUGAAAACUCUGUUUGGGUGGUCGUACAUAGUGUCUUCCCCUACGAAAGGGUUUAUGAAGAAAGCUCUUUACUAUGCUACUAAGCGAAAACGGAAGGUAAACCAGUAGCAGUAUUACUAUUAGAUUUUGUAUCAACCUAAUUUUUUUCGGUAUUUCGUGUUGUACAGAAGCCAAAGUUAAGGCUAAAGAAGUCACCUUGCACAUUUGCGAAACUUGUAACAAAGAGUUCGCCAGCCCCUACAACCUACGAAGACAUCAGUUGACCCACACAGACGAGAAACCAUACCAGUGUGACGUGUGCAACAGGCAAUUCAAAGAAAAGUCGUCACUCACCAAGCACAUCAAACGAAAACAUACUGGAGUGGACCAAGGCAGUCAGACCGAUGAGACUGGUGAACAGGAGGACGGUUAUGUCAAUGUUGACGUCAUAGCCGAGUCUGCAGCGGCCAGCGGCGUCACCAUGGAAACUGAAGAAACCGUUGAAGCUGGUAUUGCCACUGAGACUGUAGAAGGAGCUUCGACCGUUGACGCCAGCUCUUUAAUUCCUGGAGAAGAAGGAGAAGUCCAAGGCGGUGCUCAGCAAGUGACUGAGGUGGUGCAGGCCAGCGGUGAGGUAGAAAUGGCCACUGUGGAGCUUCAACUCGCCAACGCCGCUGCAGGUACGGCUCAUUCACACGAUGCCUCAGCCUUACAGGCUGCGGUGGAAGCUCUGGUCUCCGCCAGCCAACAUCAGAUAGCUGGGGUGACUCAGGAAGCCAUGGAAGAAGACUCCUCCGCGGGCAAGGAUAUCUUCGAGGGAGUCACCUCCCAAGAUGCUGAGGGUGCUGCAGCACUCAUGGCGGUGUACGUGCCGGAAGUGAAACAGGCAGAAGUAAACUUGGAACUAGUGAACGUGGAUGGCUCCAAGAUGGAGUACGUGGAGACCACCGAGGAGGGAGAUCAGGAAAUGACCGCAGAAGUUGGAGAAGAAGAAAGUUGAUUGACUUCAAGACUCUUUUUUUAACGAUUACAUCUUCAUUUGAUGAGGGUAAAUGGUCGCUUCACUAAAGCGCGUUUACAGCGUUUGAGUUUUACUCAGAGCUUGUAAAAUUUGUGCUUAUAAACUGUAGAUAAAAGUAUGAACGAGUGUCCCUCUCAGCGUUGUUAAGCGGUAAACACUAUAACUCAGACUAAGGUGUUUGAGGUGUUUGCCUCAGUUAAUCAUACUUAAUCAUAUCAUUGAUCAUGCUGUGUUUUAAACUACAUAGUUCUGAUUGUAGUUGUUUAUUUUAUGCAGUGAAACGUGCGUUGACGCGAUAAAUAUAAACAUGGAGUGGUUAAACAGUGGUUGCAUUAAAGACAUAAGGAUCUAAACUUCUAACAGUAUUCUGGGCUCUAGUUACUCAGUAAAUAGAGAGUUACUUUCUCGUGACGGCCAUUUGAUUAAGUUGCUUUGAAAUGUUUUAAACAAAUGUGUUACCCUUUUUCAAAACUAUGUGACUUUUAUCAACACGAUUAUUUACGUAUAACUUUUUCCUGCAAUAUUGAUACAGUUUCAUUGUAUAAGUAAGGACAGCUAAUCAAUCUAUCAACUUUAGGUUUUGUUUUAAAGAUGACUACCUAAAUCAGUCCUCAGAUUGAGCGACAUGAAGACAAGCGAGGAGGAUUAAGCGCUUACAUUUGGGGGUUGAGAACAUUGAGGCUUUUUUUUUUCUUUCCGAAAUGAAAUUAGCGAAAGUUUUAUACGACGUCCUCUGUUAAAAACUUGCAGGAUUUGAUGUAGUUACUUUGAAGUAUGCUCUUACAGCUUUCUCAGCAUUGUAGAUCGUGGGAAAGCUUAGAGAAUUAAUUUAAUUUUGUUAAUCUGGACUUAUGCGAGGAUGAUCACUAUUAUUAAGUAAAUCUUAAUCUUUAGUUUCACAGUUACACUAUUUUGUCAGAAGCUUUGGCAUAUGCAAAACCAAAUGUUAAGCGGAUGACUGAUAACUUCAUGCUUUCCAAGCUUAGAGAAUGUCUUUAUCCGUAGUACAUUCCACACACGAAAUUGUGUUCCUGGUACAUUGUAACGAUCAGAAAACAUUAUGGUUGAUUUAUAUUAUCUAACUGACCGCCAAGAAGUUGAAAUGUAUUUACGUUAAAUGAUUGGGAAUUAAAGACUUACACUAAACUUAGUAACUUUCUGGUGGCUACGUACUGAGUCUAUCUGAAAGCCAGCAAAGAGAAGAAGAGAGAGAGGCCAGCUUGAAUUUUUUACACCCAAACAUCAGCAUGUAUUUUCUCCACACUAUUUUCUAUACAUUUCCUAAGGUGC